GCCGUCGCAGGCUCGCUUUCCGGCGGGUGCGGGGGCUUCGCGGCUGCUUCUCCCGUCUGCGCUAGGUUCUCAGUGCGCACCCCAUCUCCUGGCUCCAGGGCGGCUAGUGUGUGGCGAGAGAUCGGGGAUGGGCCCGGUUCUGGCCUGACCUACUAGGUGACCUUGGUCGAGUCCCCUGUCGCGCCGAGCCGCGGCGCCCGUCUGUGGCGCGGGCCUGUUAGGGACCCAUCCCCCGAGCGGUUGAGGACACAGACCUAGAGUAGCCCCACAGCCUGCCCCAGGGCAGGGGGAGCGCCGGGCCGCCGGGGGCGGUGGGGGAAGCUCGGUCGGGGCGGGGAGAUGCCCCUACAUGUGAAAUGGCCGUUCCCCGCGGUGCCGCCGCUCACCUGGACCCUGGCCAGCAGCGUCGUCAUGGGCUUGGUGGGCACCUACAGCUGCUUCUGGACCAAGUACAUGAACCACCUCACCGUGCACAACAAGGAGGUUCUGUACGAGCUCAUCGAGAACCGAGGCCCAGCCACACCCCUCAUCACGGUGUCCAAUCACCAGUCCUGCAUGGAUGACCCUCACCUCUGGGGGAUCCUGAAACUCCGCCACAUCUGGAACCUGAAGUUGAUGCGUUGGACCCCCGCGGCCGCAGACAUCUGCUUCACCAAGGAGCUGCAUUCCCACUUCUUCAGCUUGGGCAAGUGCGUGCCCGUGUGCCGAGGAGAUGGCGUCUACCAGAAGGGAAUGGAUUUCAUUUUGGAGAAGCUCAACCACGGGGACUGGGUGCACAUCUUCCCAGAAGGGAAAGUGAACAUGAGCUCCGAGUUCCUGCGCUUCAAGUGGGGAAUCGGACGCCUGAUCGCCGAAUGUCAUCUCAAUCCUGUCAUUCUGCCGCUGUGGCAUGUCGGAAUGAACGACGUCCUUCCUAACAGCCCGCCCUACUUCCCCCGCUUUGGACAGGGUGCUGGGGCUGUGGGCACCCCCCGCUCCUGUCGCCCACAGAAAAUCACCGUGCUGAUUGGGAAGCCCUUCAGUGCCCUGCCUGUGCUCGAGCGGCUCCGGGCAGAGAACAAGUCAGCUGUGAGUUUCUCCCCCAGGCCAUCCCAGAGCUGUCCUAGCCCAUCCCAGUGCCCUUGGCCUCCCAGGGACCCUGGGCGAAGCUCCCUGAGGGCUGCAGGCCAGCCCCAGUCCUUCCCCUCAGGUGGAGAUUCGCAAAGCCCUGACAGACUUCAUCCAGGAGGAAUUCCAGCGCCUGAAGAGCCAGGCCGAGCAGCUCCACAACCACCUGCAGGCCGGGAGAUAGGCGCCACCCUGCCCAGACCCUGCCCAGAUCCUGCCCUGGCUUUCCUCUUGGACUGGGGCGGGGACAGGGAGGGGCGUCGAGGCCUGGGACAGAGGCAGCUCUGGGACCCGAGUCCCAGCUGCCGGGAGAUCGGUGCUGCCUUGGGUUCUGGCCCUGCACAGAGCUGGGCUGGGGGAUGGACUGAUGCUUUGAGCUCAGAUACGGUUUUUUAGACAGAUUUGUUCAGAACCCUUAACGGGUGCCCUCUCCUAGUUGGUGUGCGUUCCAGCUCCUCUGUGGUUCUUCAGCUGAAAGAAGGGUCUCAGCUGCUCCUCCCACUUGGCCACGCAGGGAGGAAGACAUUUAGGCAGCGGCCUCCUUCCUUCUUGCCUUCAAGGUGUUCUCUCCCAGGGCCGGGCACUGGAGGGAGGGUAGUUGAAGCGGGGCAGUGGCCAGGCCUGGCUUCUACCCGCCUGCCCUGAUCCAGGAGCUGCUCACCACUUCCUCAGGGAUGGCCGUCAGCCACGUCUUCCUUCUGCCCGUGCUCCCCACAGGCGUGGGCCCCUCGGGCAGGGCCCGCCCUGGGCUGCAGGUAGAAGAAGUGGAGGCCAGCCAAAUGGAGCCUGCAGCGAGGGCCCAAGACGCGGCCCCUGCCCUCACGCUGGGGCCUCCCUGGCAGCACCUGAACCCCUGGCGCCUGCGUUUUCAUGUUUUAUAAACAAUAAAGCAUCUGUGUUGUGCU